AUGAGCAACAUCAAAUCAAAAGACAUUUCCUACGACAAAUCGGCCUCACAGCCAGCAUUUCUGCAGCGCCUACGCGAUCAAAACAGCGCAAUCUCUGCUUCCGGCCGCCACGAACAACCUGUUGCCCGCGCGCAGCGAGCAAAAAAGUCUGGCGAUGAUGAUGACGACGCGCCAACUUACGUGGUAGAGGGAAGCUCUGAAACGCUGACAAAAGCCGAGUAUGAAAAACUCGCUACUGGCGGUGGCGAACAAAGUGAUGCAAAGUCGAAGUUUGCCGAUGUCAAGGAUAUGGUGACUGGAGAAUUGACAGGAGACUCGCCAAAGGCUUCGGGGGCAUUGCCUGAUGAGAGUGAUGCACCUGCUCGAGCAUCUGCGACUGUCGAUGCAGGAAAAGCGACCAAGAAGCGCAAGGUGGCUAAAGUGGUGGGAGGUGAUGAUGAUGAAGAAGAUGAAGCAAACACCAAAGACACAAGCAAAGACGAAAGCAAACCAAAAAAGGUCAAGAAAAAGGGCAAGCCGAUAAAGCUUUCUUUUGGCGACGAGGAAUGA